GCCCAAGCGCAACACUGGCGCAGCCGCUGCGAGAGAUGAUCUGGACGAUGCGAGAAGUGGCGGUGCUGAUACUUGUGCUGCUGGCGAUUAUCCUCCUGAUGCCGCUUCAGGUCGCCCAGAUGCUGCUUGCGCGCGCAGAUUGGCUCGAGGUCGACAGCGACGGGGAGUUUUGUCAGGACGACUACGUUCGCCAGCUCGCUGCAGAGGUCCUCUCCCAGAAGAUGGCCGAGCACCGCGAUGAAUUCAUCAUCAAAGACCUUACCAGCGUCGUCCCCGGCACAGUGUCGGACCAGGCCAAGGACUUCCAAUUCAGUUUGCUGAUCACGCUGCUGCUGCUGGGAAGCUGGCAGAAGCGCAGUUUCCAACAGCCGCCCGACGGCCACAAGGUCAAGCUCCGUGGAGCCGAGAUCCGUUUCGACGAGAUCGACGCAGUCUUCAUACCCUCCGAGAACAGAUUCAAGAGCUGCGGGGCGCUCUGGUUUGAGUCCAUCCAGCAGGUCCCCUCCGACUGGAAUGCCGAGGUCAAGUAUUUCACCAUCUCUGCCGCCGAGAACAUCGCCCGCCACUUCACGAUCCAGUUAACGGGCGCUGUCGGCCCAACUGCUAGGCGUGUCGCGCAGGUCCUCGGCGCGCAGAGAAUCGCCGGUGGCCACAGGAAACGCUUAGAGGUCGCGGCGAUGGACAACCUUCAGGCUACGCUCCACAUCGGCGCGGACAAGAUCCCGAGGCAUGUCAAAUAUAAGAUCCAAGGCUCCAGGAGGUGCUUCUUUGACCGCGACUGUGGACACUUCAUGUGCCGCGGGGCCCAUGCGAAGCCGGAACCCGCCCACCUCAAGCUCCGAGACCUCGCGCACGGCACGGUGACCCUGCAGGAGGCGCACCAGGCCGAGGCGCAGCUGGCUGACUUCAUCGCCGAAGCGGCGCCGCCCGCCCGCAUCUACACCAGCUACUGCGUGGGAUCUGCAGUCAAGGGUGGCGCGGCUAUUUGUCCUCCAGCGGGCUGCGAGGCGGAAGUUUCGCAGCCUUCUCUUGUGCCUGGGCGAGUGCUACGCGUAGCGUUGCACGUGGAGAUCAUCCGCACUGUUUCUUUUAAUGUGCACAUCCACGAGCUCACAGUCGCGCAGCUCCAUCCGUUUUCGAAAGUUUUGGCAGCUGACGUGAAGACUGAGCAAGCUGGCCCUCUCCACAACCUGGCGGUCGUCCACGGCGACAUGAACUUCGCGCCGAGGGAUCUCUCCGGCCAUUUGAUCAGUGACCACGCGGCGCGCGCGGUCAACCUCACCCGGCGCGUUGCCAAGCCGCACAAUGCACAUCGUAAACCUCGUCAUCUGAUCGAGUCCGGGCUCUUCCAGAAGCAGCUGCAGAGCGCCUGCAAGCAGCUCAACCACAAAGGGGAGAGCCCCCCCCCGCGGCAGAUCGAGCUGCACAAGUGGGCUAUCAAGGAAGUCGCUGCGGACAUUCGCAACCGCCUUUUCGCGGAC